GAAAAUUACUGGUGGUUCUGAGAGAUGGGAGAAAACUUAUUGGAGUGUUAAGGUCAUUCGAUCAAUUUGCAAACCUAGUACUACAAGAUACGAUAGAGCGAAUUUAUGUUGGUGAUGCGUAUGGGGAUAUUCCACGCGGAAUUUUUAUUAUACGUGGGGAGAACGUAGUAUUAUUGGGAGAAAUUGAUCUAAACAAAGAAGACGAAGUGCCAUUACGUCAACGACCAGUCGAGGAAAUUUUGAGUGCGCAACGUGAAGAGAUGGAUGCCCGUCAGAAACGGGAAAAGUUAAGGAAUAAGCUGUUGCAUGAUCAAGGAUUUAGUGUCGAUUUUACAGAGACAGACUUAUAUUGA